UGAAAGUUUACGAACAGAACCCGAGUAAACUGUUUACCCAAGAGAGGGAGAGGCACGCCGUGUACAUAACACAUGGCUUGUGGCGAAGGAGGAAUGAGCGAGUUUCCUGUUAUUUAAAUGUGUUUUCGGUCUUACAACGUCCCGGAAUCGCACAUCGAUGAAGAACGAGCACGUUUGGGCAACGUUUGAUGGGGAGAUUAAGGGACUACAUGGACUGACGAAACAUCUUACAACGGAGUUUACGGUUUAAAAUGUGGUUGAGCAACUUCCUGAAAGUCGCCUGGUACAAAAGUGUCAUAUCUGCAGCGCUGACACUUGAUGUGCGUCACAUGGCCUAGGUUCGGCUUCGAUGGACUCGCAGAAGUCUGGACUGGACUGGACUGGAUAUUCAUAAAAAGAGGCGCGUUUAAUCAUAAAAGCAUCAUCCUUGUGAAUCAGAGGGCGUGGACUAAAACGCUUUGUUCUGAGAAACCCCUCCUCGCCUGACAGCGCGGAAGAUACGGAUUGCAGCAUGGGUCAAUCCCCCUCCGUAUCUCCGUGCGCCACCGUUGUCCCAGGUAAAGCGAAAGGAAAAUCGGCGGAGACGACAGCAAGGCGAAUGAGAAUACGAAGAAUAACAAGUGAGGAGCAAGGAGGUGACCGGUUUGACCGGAAUCUAGUGAAAAAUAAAGAGCUACCCAAACUGGAGGAGAGGGUGUCGGAUAUUUCUUCGUCAGAGCUCGUAGUAAUCGGUUGCGCAGGUUGGGAGGCAUUCGAACCAAGGGAGUCGCUUCGCGGUCGGACAGAGAUAGACCAAAUCUCCGUUACCAAAAACACAUCUGGUGACCGGCGUGAACCAGUCCGGGCAGUUGUGAGCAAGUAUGUCGACGGAAGCGGUGGGGAAUUAGAUGCCGAAUGGUGCGAUCUGUGGGCCAACGAACUCAACAGAAUCGACUUCACGAACCACCAACGCGACGGUGCGGACACGACCUGGGAUUGUGACCGAGAUGCCUCGGUCCGGACCAUGGAGAAUCAAACUUUCAGAGGUAAUUGUACCAAACAGGACAGAAGCGCUUCGGAGGCCAGGGCACCACGGGAGCUGGCGGUACCGGUUGGGUCACACGGAUUGUGUCCGCCGGAACAGGCUAUGAGACGGACUUUAAUGAACUUGCGUUUGGACGCUCCGGAAAGAAGUGGAGUGACUGGUUCAGCAGACUCGCAGUUGACUAACUCAAUAGACAGUAUAGUAAAUCGUACUAAUGUGUUAAUGACUAAAACGCCUGCACCUACUUCCCCUUGUCCGGUCAAAGCGUUCAGGCCGGGAGAGAGGACUCAUAGCUGUCCCGUUGAGUCGGGAAACAAGAACAGUUCUCUGAAACAACAGGAAGGAUUGCAGAGAACCAUACCACCUAGUCAUAGCUUCCCCGGGACAAUACCGCGGCUCAUCGUGACUCGGGAACCGAGUCCAAGUCGAUCAGGAGAGUCCUGCCUUUACGAGGGCAGUGGGCCUGGCGUAAUCUCCGUGGAUUUACCCAUGGACGAGGAGUCGCCGUGUUCAGACAGCGGUUGCGGAGGCUCUCCGGUGCCGUCCCUGGUGCUUCGAAAGCUCUCGAGCUCGUCCUCUGCUGGUCUGUCUUCAGCCUCGUCGUUUGAGGAGUCCGAAGACGACUUCACCGGUAGCGACAUCGAACCCAAUAUUACUGCUGUGUUUAACAAUAUGCUGAGCAGUCCAGAAGACGUGUCAGGGAACAAGUCGUGGAGGAAGCUGAAGACCAUGGUGCAGUGCUCCCCCUUGGUUGCGUCCUUCAAGAAACGCUGGGUCCAGCUUGCCGGGCAUGCAGGGAACUUCCAGGCCGGGGACCGGGGUAAGCUUCUGAAGAAGUACUGCGAGAGCGAGCAGCAGUGCCUGGAGAAGCUAAUGAGCGACUCGCUGCGCCCGUUCGUACCCGGGUACUAUGGCGUCUCUCAGCUCGACGAGCAGGACUACAAUGUGAUGGACGACCUGCUGGCGGACUUCGACUCGCCCUCCAUCAUGGACUGCAAGAUGGGCAGCCGGACGUACCUGGAGGAGGAGCUGGUGAAAGCUCGGGAGAAGCCAAGGCUCCGCAGGGACAUGUAUGAGAAGAUGGUUGCCGUGGAGCCCGGGGCCCCGAGUGCAGAGGAGCGUGCCCAGCAGGCCGUGCUCAAGCCCCGCUACAUGCAGUGGAGAGAGACCCUCAGCUCCACUGCCACACUGGGCUUCCGCAUCGAGGGCAUCAAGAAAGCUGACGGCACGUGCAACACGAACUUUAAGAAGACCAAACACAAGGAGCAGGUGAUGCAGGCACUGAAGGAAUUUGUGGGCGGGAACACUCAAAUCCUGAAAAGUUACUUGCAGAGAUUGGAAGACCUGCGAACAGAACUAGAGAAUUCUCAAUUCUUCAGAACACAUGAGGUGGUUGGCAGCUCACUGCUGUUUGUCCAUGACUGCUCGGGGCAGGCACGUGUGUGGAUGAUCGACUUCGGGAAGACGGUGCCCCUGCCCCCGCCCCUCACCCUGGACCACCGCACCCCCUGGGUGGAGGGGAACCGUGAGGACGGGUAUCUGUGGGGGCUGGACAACCUUAUCAGCAUUCUGAACGCAAUGCUGCCCGCGAGCUGAGGGGGGCCCGAAGUGGGAUCAGCUCUGGAGGACCUAGGAGAUUACCACAAGCGGCCGCCACUUUUCCUCUCUCUGGGAAACAGGGGAUGGAGAGAAAAAAAACAGAGGAAUGAAAUGAGAGAGCUUAACAGCUCGGACAGGAUAGAGUGAUGAAUGCCUUAGAGGGAGACAGGCUGUGCGAACAUCUCUCUAGGCAGUGAUUCGCUGCCAUGUUUCAUACUGGUGAUGGAUUCUAGUGAAUCACUGCCUCUCUCAUGAACAGCCCAUCCCCUUCUUGGGCUCACUACUGCUCCCUGCUGGUGAGAGGGACUGAGGCAUUGUUACUCACUUUUUCAAUGAGAAAAAUCCCCUAAGUGUCCUUAGUGAGAGGGAAAAGUUAUUUUAUUCCUACAUGGACCGAUUGAAUUUUAAAACUGUUUUACAGAUGUGCUACAACACUAGAAUCUUGGAAAAGCCUUUGCAGUUAUAUUUUUUUGGAUCAUACGUUGUUUAAUGUAAAUAAUAUUUUACGUAUGCAUUGCAGAGACAUAUGCCAUUCUGUGGAUAUGCUGGUUGUUUCUGUUUUGACUGGAAUAGACAAUUUUCCUGGGAGAGAUUAACUAUUACUGAGCUGAUUGUGAUGACCCCACGUUGGCAUUUUAAAGGAUAGCUUACUAAACAUGGCCCAGGGAAACUAUCUCAAGGUUGAGUUGGGUGAAAAGGAAGCCAGUGGAAAAUGUGAUUGUGGACAGAAUAUGCAGCAGAGGCGAUGGAGGCUGGAAGCAGAGGCGAUGGAGAUGGAUUAAGCUUCUGGGUAUUGGAUGUUAUUCCAUCCCCUCUACUGGGCGGCGCAAAGUUGGCGAGAGGAGGAGCUAAACAUAUUCCAGCUCUGUUCUGAAGAGGUGUGCACUGGCGAUGGGCCUCUAUCAACUUUCAUUCUUUUGUGACCAGCUGGUCUGUAUUGCACUGUUAUGCCUCAAAGAUGCUACUGAACAAAGACUGGAGUCCAAGCUAUGUUAUUUAUCAGGACCUGGGGCAGGUGGAACAUAUUCAGACCCACCCCCCCCCCCCCUUCCCCCACAAAAAAUAAAUUAAAAAAAAACAGCUCAGAUCUAUGGAAGCACAUCAUUCUCAGUUCUUGAAAGCAACCUGUGACUCAUUUUGAGUUCCCACUGGAGAUCAGUAUCUUGAGCUCUGUUUCAGGUUUUUUGUUUUUACAAAUUAAAAUUAUAGGCUUAAAAUUCUAAUUUUGUUUCUAUAUUGUGGGAGUGAAGCUGGUGCCCUUAGAUACCAUAGAUAGCAGCUAGAGCACGUUUGUAACAUCAUAUGAUUGACAGACUUGUGUGACACCUUGCACAAUGUGAGUUUAGACUUGGUGGAGGGGGGUUCAGGAGCCAUUGGUUAAGGUCCGUUUUUUUUUUUUUUUUUUUCCCCCACUGUCAUAGUAUUGAUUUGUUAUACUGGCAAUGUCUGCUCUGUGUACAUUUUGCCUGUAUGUAAUCUGAAGGUUAAAAAUCUAUUUUUUAGUCAGAACUCUUAAGCCAUAGCAGGAAAUGUACACAGACCGCUUCGCACACGACAGUUCCCUAUUUUGGCUGUGUGUGGGAGGAGAGACCCAGCCUAUCGUAUUAACAGCUUGUAACACACAGUCACAGGCCUGCUAAAGGAUCUGUGUGUUAGUGUGGUACAACAACAAUCUUCUGAUCUCAGAGAUGGCAAUAAUGGCAAUAGGCUCUUCUGAAUUAUGAAUACUGGGUUUGAAAAUAUGUUGGGAACUUUCACUGUGAUUGUAUAUGGUUGGUGUGUGAACUUGUACAACUUGUAUUUCAAAGGUAUAUUCUGUCAAAAAUGCAAAGGGAGUUUUUUUUUUUUUUAAGAUUUGAAUCCUUUUAAGAUGCAAAUUUUGAUAAAUUAUUGAUUUCAAAAGAAGUGUUUUUGUGUUUUUAUUUUGGGCAUGAAUGCUUGCUGAAUGUUCACAGCAUUGUUGUUAUAGUAUUGACUGAGCCCUUACCAUAGGCCUGGAACCAGGAGUUUGGGUGUAACACUCAUUCCUUUCCCAGACACUGGCAGGCAUAGCAUGUGGACCAUGAGGCAGUGGACCACCUGUGAUUUACAUAAGAGGUGAAUGUCAGUUGCUGGAUAUUGAUUUUAACAAAAUGUGUGACAGGUUCUAUUGAGUGUGUUGAUUUUCCUGUCUUUUGUGGUGAAUGGCUUCAGGAACUGACCCACGUGUGAACUCUUGAGUGUUGGUCUGUCUGCCAACAUUCCGACUCAAGUCUUCCUCAGCAUUCCAUGACCAGAAAGUAUUAAAGAACCAGUGGCUUUGAGUGUGUCUGUCUGGAAUUCCAAACCCAAAAACAAAAAAAAGUCUCAUUCGCCAGAGCUGAAACAUGUUUUCAAGCAAAGAGAAUCGGUUUUAAAUCUAUUACUUUUAAUAAUAUUUUCCUUGCCUGUCAUAUUGGCCUUUGGCAGUACGCUGUUUGUCAUAUGAGAUCAUAUACCUCACUGCUGUGGGGAAGGGCAGUAGACUGUUUCUGGGAUUACUGCUGGCCUUGGCUUUGUUUAGUGCAGCAUGUUGAAAGACAGCAGCAUUCUGGGUAGGACAUCAAAACUUGUGUCCACUCUCUGUGUACAGAAAGCGAAUGAAAUAAACUGGGACAAUGAGCUAAACA